AUGGCCUCGGAGUUCGAGGGCAUCCUGACUCGGGCAGCGUCUCUGCUGCAGGCCUGUGCUCGGAGCCCCACCAGGCCACUGUACCGGCGGGCCCUGCCCAAUGGCCGACCCCGAGGCCCUGGGGCGAGGAGCAAAGAGGGGGCCCUCCACCCCAGCCCCCCCAGCCCGCCUUUUGCUGCAGAAGAACAGCAGCAAGGGCAGGCUGCUCGCAAACUCUCGCAAGAGAUGCCACGCAUGGGAGAUUCGCAACGGCAACCCAACUGGAACGAAAUUGUUAAUAACAAGAAGCUGAAGUUCCCAGAGGGCCUCAUCAGCGCCAUCCAGGAGGGCCACCUGGUGAAGGUUCAGCAGCUGCUGCAAGUGAGCGACGGGAUCCUGAGGCAGCUGGAUGAUGCUGAGGACCGGGCUUGGCGAGAAGCGCUCAACCUGGCCAUCCGCACGGGCAGCGAGGAGGUCACCAAGACGCUGCUGCGCUGGGUCAAGUUUGACUUCCGCCAGGUCCACGAGGCCUUGCUGGUUGCCGUGGAUACCAACCAGCCGCACAUCGUCAAGCUGCUGCUGGACCGGCUGGACCAGGAGAAAAGGCUCAAGAUGGACGUCAAGUCCUUCUCGCUGGCCCUCUUUGACAACUCCAUCGACAACUCGCGCUUUGCCCCCGGAGUGACGCCCCUCACCUUGGCCUGCGAGAAGGACCUCUACGAAAUUGUGGACAUGCUGAUGAAGAAGGGGCACGCCAUCGCGCGGCCGCACAAGGUCUCCUGCACCUGCCUGGAGUGCUCCAACGCCCGCAAGUACGACCUGCUCAAGUUCUCCCUCUCACGCAUCAACACCUACAAGGGCAUUGCCAGCCGGGCCCACCUCUCCAUCGCCAGCGAAGACGCCAUGCUGACUGCCUUCAAGCUCAGCCGCGAGCUCAAACGCCUCUCCAAGAAGGAGCCCGAGUUUAAGCCAGAGUACCUGGCCCUGGAGCAGCUGUGCCAGGAGUUUGCCUUUGAGCUGCUGGGCAUGUGCCGCAACCAGAGCGAGGUGACGGCCAUCUUGAACGACGCGGGCGACGACGAAGCGAGCGGCGAAGAGGAGGAUCUCGAUGGCCUGACCUUCGAGGAGGGGAUCCCCAACCUGGCGCGGCUCCGCCUGGCCGUCAACUACAACCAGAAGAGGGUGAGGCAGCCGGAGAACGUGGGGCAGUUUGUGGCGCAUCCGAUCUGCCAGCAAGUCCUGUCCUCCAUCUGGUGCGGAAGCCUGCAGAGCUGGCGGGGGAGCAACAACCUCUGGAAGGUCUUCAUCUCCUGCUCCAUCUUCCUGACCAUGCCCGUCCUGUGCCUCGUCUACUGGGUCGCCCCCAGGUCCAAGGUUGGCAAAAUGCUGAAGAUUCCGGUGAUCAAGUUCCUGCUGCAUUCGGCCUCCUACCUCUGGUUCCUCAUCUUCCUGCUGGGGGAGUCGCUGGUCAUGGAGCAUCAGCAGGAGAUCUUCAGGGGGCGGAACACCAGUGUGUGGGAGACCUCGCUCCACAUGGUCUGGGUGGCAGGCUUCUUCUGGUUCGAGUGCAAGGAGGUCUGGAUCGAGGGGCUGCGCAGCUACCUGCUGGACUGGUGGAACUUCCUGGACGUGGUCAUCCUCAGCAUGUACCUGGCCUCCUUCGUGCUGCGCGUCCUGGUCUUCCUCAAGGGCCAGCUCUACUGCCGGGAGCUCGGCAGCUCUUCUCGGGAGUGCAACUAUUUCACCCAAGCGGAGCGGGAGGAGUGGCGCAGCGAGGACCCCCAGUUCGUGGCCGAGGUGCUCUUUGCGGUCACCAGCAUGCUGAGCUUCACCCGCCUGGCCUACAUCUUGCCAGCCCACGAGACGCUGGGGACGCUGCAGAUCUCCAUUGGCAGGAUGAUUGAUGACAUGAUCCGGUUCAUGUUCAUCCUGAUGAUCAUUUUGACGGCCUUCCUCUGCGGGAUGAAUAACAUCUAUGUCCACUACCAGGACUCAGCCAAGUUGGGAAGCUUCAACGAAACCUUCCAGUUCCUCUUCUGGACCAUGCUUGGGAUGGAGCAGCACGACGUGGUGGACAUGCCUGAGUUCUUUGUGUCUGAGCUGGUGGGGAGGGUGCUCUAUGGGGUCUUCACCAUUGUCAUGGUGGUCGUCCUUCUCAACAUGCUGAUUGCCAUGAUCACCAACUCCUUCCAGAAGAUUGAGAACGAUGCCGAUGUGGAGUGGAAAUUUGCACGCUCAAAGCUCUACCUGUCUUACUUCAGGGAAGGCUUGACGCUGCCGGUGCCCUUCAACAUCAUCCCGACGCCAAAAUCCAUCUUCUACUUCAUCAGGGGCAUCUUCCGUUUCCUGUGCUGUUACAAGCCCAAGCGGCAGCAGAACUAUCCGCCACUUCCUACCAUUUCGAAUCCCUCCGUGGAGGACGGCGGGCUGCAUGAGGAAAGCCGCGUCUCCUACCGGCACCAGGUGCUGAAGGCUUUAGUGCAGCGGUACAUCGACACGGCCAGGCGGGAGUUCGAGGAGAGCAGGAGGAAAGACCUGGGGAACCGCCUGACCGAGCUGAACAAGUCGGUGCUGCGCCUCCACUCCGAGAUGAAGCACCUUCGCCACACCGUGGCCGCCAAUGGGGCGGCAGCCAACCCCCUGGACGGGGCCAGCGUGCUGCGCAAGUACAUCAUGAAGGUGCGCAACAGCUUCCAGAGCUACGACCACGACUCGGGCAGCUCCGGCCAGGGGUCCCCCGUGGAGGCCGUGGUGCACCAGGAUGGCCUCACCCCUGAGGGAGACGGGCCGCCGGUCCUGCAGGGGUGCCCCGGAGGCAAGCUGGAGGCGGCGGAGGAGGAGAAGCCGGCCUGUGCUGAGGAAGAGCAGCCUGCGGAAGGGGAGCCUGCGGAAGAGCCGGAGACAUGAUUUGCUGCCCUCAGAAGGGGAGCGAGACGACCUGUGCUCAGCUGUAGAGUCCAGGGUGGCCAUUGCCUUAGGGGCGUAGGCCCAAGCCCCUCUAGUCGUCCUUGUCCCUGUAUUUCCGAGGCAGGCUCCUCAAGGGUGGGGGAGGAGGCACACUGCAAGCCCCCUUUGCGGGGAGAGUCCUCAAGCUUCCGACCGACACUUCGCUGGGCCGGAUGGGGAGGAAGCCGAACUCUCCGCUAGGGAGGCGGCAGCAGUGGCGGCCAAGUGUUCCUUGAUGAGGCCCAGACGCUUAGCCCGCUUCGUGUGAACUGCAGCUUCUCAGGCCUCUGAGCCACUGGGGGGCUUGUUCUGUUCUCACGGGGGGAGGGGCACGGAUGGGGCGUCGCUUCAUGAGCCGCUUUGCAGAGGCUUCAAGGGACCUGGGCGGCAGCUCAUCACCCCCCCCCCCACAUCUGGGCCUUCAGUGUUCCCUCUAAAUUUUUCCAUUUGUGUGCGGAAGGAGUUUUGCUCUGGGCGGCAGUAAUAUCAAGGCCGUGUGUGCCCACCAUGUGCAUUCAGUGUGGGGCCUUCCUGAUCCAGCCUGAGCGGGAGCCAAAAUUAGCUGAGCAGACAUUAAAAAAACUUGAGUGUGUGCGCAUGUGCACUUAGAGGGAACACUGCCUGCCUUCCCCAAUUCCACCCCACCACUCAAAAAGUGAGUAAGAGGGCUCCCUCCUUCUCCCAUAUGUGCCUGUUUGGUCAUUGAGCUCUUCAGGGCCUCUCCUCCCCAGAAGUGGGUGGCUGCCUUCUGCAAUGGGUGAUGUUCCCAAAGAGACAUCAAGGGGAGUCCCGGGUAGAGAGCACCACCAACUUCCCCUCCCCUGCCCCCUGGCCAAUGCAAACUUUGCUCUAUGGCAGGCCUGCUCAACUUAGGCCCCCCAGGUGUUUUUGGACUACAACUCCCACAAUCCCCAGCCAUAGUGGCCAAUAGCCAGGGAUUAUGGGAGUUGUAGGCCAACAUCUACAGGAGGGCCGAAGUUGAGCAGCCCUGCUCUAUGGGAAUGGACAUCUAUUUCUCCAUGUCAGCUUCAUCAGGAGAUGGCAUAACUUCUCUAAAUGCCUGCCUGGUGGUGGUAAUGGGCUGGAUAAGGGAUAACAAACUGAGACUGAAUCCAGAUAAGACAGAGGUGCUCAUUGUAGGGAGCCAUAAUGUAGGAUUCCUGGCCACCGCCUCCACCUGAGAUAUCAGAUAAAGAGCUGGGUCCAGAAGUACUCCCAAACUGCAAACCUGUUCCUUCUACCCACCUAGAACCAUAGCAAGCUGAUAAAAAGCAGUGCACUCUAUGUGGGGCUGCCUUUGUACGUAAUCCGGAAACUGCAAUUGGUGCAGAAUGCUGCCGCCAGGUUGGUCUCAGGGUUGUCCCGAAGAAAGCAUAUCACUCCUGUUUUGAAAGAACUACGCUGGCUGCCAACAGGUUUCCGGGCAAAAUACAAUGUGCUGGUUAUUACCUCAAAAGCCCUUAACAGCUCAGGCCCAAGGUAUUUAAGAGAACGCCUUCUUUGUUAUGAACCCUGCCGCCUAGUAAGAUCAUCAGGGGAGGUUCAUCUGGGGGUGCUACCCAGUGGCAUGGAGAAGCUGCCGCCAGCCGCGGUUCAGCUCACCGGCAACGGCCCCCUAGCCACACCCCCUGCAUCUGACGUCUGGAGCCCGGGUUCUUUAAAAACCCACCCAUCCACCCAAUGGUGGCUUUGCCCCUGGUGCCACUGGCUUCUCUAGUGGCGACUCAAUGGCAAGGGCCUUCUCGGUUGUUGCCCCCGGGCUGUGGAAUGCACUCCCCGCUGAGAUUAAAGCUGCUCGCUUUUAGGAAGCAACUGAAGACACAUCUCUUCAGCCAAGCUUUUUAGUUGAUGUUUUAAUUAAUGUUUCAGUUGAAUUUCAUUGAUUGUUUUAGCUUUAAAUUUUAUAUAUGGUUUAAAUAUGUGAUUGGGGGCGGGGUUUCUUUUGUAAUUGUGAGCCGCCUAGAGACUUCAGUAGUGGGCGGUAUAUAAAUUUGUUAAACAACAAAUAAAUGGGACUUUUGUGCUCAGAUUCUGUAAUUUUGUGCACAUUCACUUUGUUGUAUAAUUGAAUAAUGUUCAAGAAAAUGUAAAUGCACUAGAAUGUUAACAUUAAAUAAACUUAAUAUUUUCAAUGA